AUGCCUCCGCUGACGCUGUCGCUCCCCCCGCCCCCGACGGACGCGCUGCCGUCCGACGUCCGCGUGGGACUCGGCGGCUACUUCGCGCACAAGCGCAUCGAGUCGGCCGGUCGGGCGUUCCACAAGCGCGCGCGCAAUGCCGCCCGCGGGCGCUCGGCCAGCUGCGACGAGGUGGACGACAGCGUGAAGGCGCGCGACGCGCUGCGCAAACAGGAAGAGUCGGUGCUGCGCAAGUACCGGCGCAGUCUCCGGGGCAAGAACUUCCUGGAGCUGACCAUGUACGAGCAGCUGGGGCUGAGUCACGUGGGCUUCGACGUGACGGACGAGCAGGUGAAGAAGGCGUACCACCGCGUGCUGAUCGAGCACCACCCGGACAAGACGGGCAAGACAGACAACGACCCUAACUACUUGGCCGUGCAGAAGGCGUUUGCGACGCUCACGGACCCGCAGAAGAAGCGCGCGUACGACUCGCAGUGCGACUUUGACGAGUGGAUCCCCUCGGGCACGGAGAAGAUCGCCGAGACCGACAGUCGUGGCGAAGGCAAGAGCUUCUACGACCUGUACGGCCCCGUGUUCACGGCCAACGCGCGCUUCAGUGCCACUCGACCCGUGCCGACGCUCGGGGGCGACGACAAGCCCAUUGAAGAGGUCUACGCGUUUUACGACUUCUGGAACAAGUUUGACUCGUGGCGCGACUUCACGCACGACUCGGAGCACGACGUGGACUCGGCCGAGCACCGCGACCACAAGCGCUGGAUGGCCAAGAAGAACGAGGCGGCGGCCAAGAAGAAGAAGAAGAGCGAGUACGCGCGACUGGCGAGUCUCGUGGACCGCGCGCUGGCCGCCGACCCGCGGAUUCGUCGCGUGAAACAGGAAGAGAAGGACCGCAAGGCCCAAGCGAAGCGGGCGAAGGAGGCGGAGGCCCAGCGCGUGAUUGACGAAGAGAACCGCAAGAAGGAGGAGGAGGCGCGGGCGGUGCAGGAGGCCGAAGAGAAGCAGAAGGAUGCGCGCAAGGACGCCAAGAUGGUCAAGGAGAAGCAGAAGAAGCUGUUGCGCAAGGUCAAGAAGGUGUUCCGCGAGCUCAUGGCAGCUGCGAGAGACCAGGGAGUGGAUGGAUCGAUUGACGUCAUCAAGACGGAAGAUCUGUGCGACUCGCUGGCGAUGGAAGCCCUGCAGGCGCUUGUGACCGCUUGCGGAGGUUCCGCUGACAAGUUGGAUGCCACGGGCCUCGCUGCUGUGCACGACGCUGUCGCCAAGCUGUAA